UUAUCUGAGUAACCAUUAAUAUGUAAAAUUUUCAUCUGUUUGAUGAUCGUAGUUUUUCCAGACUCGCCAGUUCCCAAAAGUAAAAGUUUUUUCACUUCUAAAAACUUUUUCGUAUAGAGAAGAUGGUCUUUGUCUUCUUUACCAUCUUUACCACAUACCAUCUUUUAUUUUCUUGAACUUUUACUGUCACCUUUCGAUUAAAUGUUAUUGAAUAUGUUAAUCUAAUUGAAAUUAUUAUCAGAUAUCUAUGUAAAAUCGCGAUAAGUGAUUCUAACGAAAUGAACUACUGAAUAUUGUGUAUCUUAUCAAAUCAUUCAAACCAAAUCGUUAAAAUCUUGUUGUAAAGACUUUGAUUUUUAUUUUUAAUUCCAUAUAUAGUGAUUAUAAGUGUAGUAAGUAUUACAUAUACAGAAGCCACUUCUAAAUAGUAUCAAUAAUAAAACUAUAGAAAAUAAUAAACAUUUAUUUGAGUUACCAAUUUAUUAAUAAGAAAUGGAUUUUUUUGCAAUAUAACUCAUAAUUCGAGUAAGAAAUUUUAUGAUAUAAAAAAAUAUAAAUAUUCCAAAUAAUAGUAGGUACCUAAUUUGUUUAACGCGAAUGUAGAAAUUGAUAUGCGUAGGUGUUGCGUACUGUACUUUUUCAAUGCCACAAUUAUUUUAGAGCAUACAAAAUGUAGGUAUAUGUAUUUAAAUAUUAAGUAAUUGGUAAAAUAAAUUCAUUUUAUAAAAAUAAACUUUAUUAGAUACAAAAUUGUUUUAUUUUAAGUUAGUUUAUAAAAAAUUACGAAUAAUUCAAAAAAUGUACUGGACGAUAUUUUUUUGUCGAAAAUUAAUCGUAAUACAAUAAAGAAAAGAUGCUAUAUUAUGCCGCGUUUGAGAAUCCACAUCGGAUGCAUUUUUUACAUCUCGAGCGUUUUUUUAUCCACAUCGGACACAUCUGUCCCAUUACAUUUACAUAUACUGAAUCACGUGAUCAAAGAUUGACUACAUCUCAGAUUUCAGAUGCAUGAUGCAUCCGAUGUGGAUUCUCAAACGCGGCAUUAAACGCAGCAUGACGAUAUUUAAAAAUGUCUACACCUUUGCAUUACAUUUUACGUCAUAAACUCCAGCUAUAGUGAGAAUAAAUAAAUUUUUUUAAAUGGCUUCAUUUAAAUUAUCAUUUUCAUUUCAUCAAUCUUCAUUCUAUGUCGAUACAUUUCAUGAUGGAUGACAAAGAGCGGCUAAUGAGAAAUAAGUAAAAUAGAACGAAACCGCAUGAUAUACAAUUGAAGCAUAGUGUCUUAAGUUGUCUCUGGUUGGUGGCAACUAGGUAUAAUUUUUUUGUGUAAGUAGUUUCCAGUAGUUAUAAGAAGUGAAUUAACAAACUCAUCAAAAGAAUCAACAUAACACAAUGUUUGCAUCAGUUUCACUUUUAUACUUUACUCGUCUAGACGUUCUUUAUUUAUUCUGUCAUGUCAACACUCCAUAACCUGACAACCCAUGUUGACAACCGGCAUAACCACAACAAAACAAAUUUUGUAAACAAACAAGAAUGAAAUGAAGUUACUUAUUUGACAACAAAGUACCUAUUUACUAUUUACAAUAAAUACAAUGAAUUUAGGUUUAAUAGAUAAUUCAAACGUUAUUAAAAAUUUAUUUAAAUUGAAACCUUUAAGAAACGAUGGAUUAUUAUUCAGAAUACAUCAUACAACAUGUAAUACAAAAAUACGAUUCAUACAUGGAUGUUUUCAUCAUUCCACCAACAUUCUAUCAAUAGCAAAUAGCCAGGGAAUCAUUUUUAUCAUCGAUUAUUCUUUGUGCAGAUUUUGGGGCCUUCCAAAAUUAGAUUCGUGUACGUUUAUUGCUUUUUCUCCGCAUAAUCACAAGCAUUUAUUAACAGGAUUAAAAACGGGAAACAUACUUAUUUGUGAUAUUGAUUCUGGGAAUGUGCAACACAAAUUAAAAGGGCAUAAACUUGCCGUUACUGGUGUGUCAUUUGAUAAGCAGCGAUACUGUUUAUCAACUUCCAGACUCGAAGCUUUUAUUUGGGAUUUAGAGACGGCUACUAAAGUGCAAGUCCUUAAUUUAGAAACUGAUUGUUCAUUGAAGUAUGUAGCUUUCGUACCAUUUUCCGGAAAAGUUGUAGCAUGUUUUCAGGACGAUUUAAUACAGAUAUGGUCUCCUCUUAAAUUUAAGACAGUUAAACAAUUCUCACCUAGUAAUUGGAAAAAUUACUCAGUAAGAUCAAUAACGUUUACAAGAAAUGGUGAAUUCAUGGUAGUGUCAGGUCAUGUGCCAACUUUGGGAAUAUUUCAGUUAGACACAUCGAAGGUUUUAAAAAUAAUCAACCUUUCUGAAUAUUUGAAAACUGUAAAACAGAUAGAAUUCGUUUCUCAAGUCUUUGACGGUGGUUGCAAUAAGAUUCUCGGCAUACUUUCAGGACAGGGAGUUGUUUAUUUUUUCGAUGUCGAACAAAACGAAAUAAUCAGUGAAUUGUGUUGCGAUAUGGAAAUCAACAAAAUUACUUGCUCACCGGAUGGAACACACAUUAUUUGCAUCUUAUGUUCGGGAGAAGUGGAAGUAUUUGAUAUAAAGCAAUACGUAAUGCCUCCCAAAGAAAUUCACAUUCAUAAAAUACGAAAUAGAUUGAAAAUCAAUCGCAAAAGGUGUUUAAAUGAAGUUAAAUAUGUUAAACAAGAAAUGAAAAACAUGCUGGAAAUUAAGAGAUUGAAAUUUAUCCUAAAAGAGCACUUGGAAUAUCCUGAAUCUUUCAGGACAAAAAUCUGGGAACAUCUAUUACAACUUCCCAACAACAUUCAUAAAUAUAAUAAUGUAAUAAACCAUGUAACGGUGGUAGCUUUUGAGGAUUUAUAUGAUAAAUAUCCAUUGGAAGACAAAACAUUUUUGAAAGUUCUAAAAAGAUCUUUGAACAAUUUGGUGACUUGGUGUCCGUUUUUUGCCUACGUUGAAUACAUGCCGAUUUUCGCUUUUCCGUUUGUGAAGGUUUUUCACAAUAAACCGGUGGCUUGUUUUGAAGCCAUUUGUACUGUGAUAUUGAAUUGGUGUCAACAUUGGUUCGAAUACUUCCCUCUAGCACCGGUAAACAUAUUAGCAAUCGCUGAAAAUAUGUUAUUAGAACAUGAUCCAGAAUUGCUCUAUCAUUUUACUCUUCACAAAGUUACAUCUAAUAUCUACAUUUGGUCCGUAUUAGAAACCAUUUUUUCUGAAAUAUUAACUUCUUCAGAAUGGUUGACACUGUGGGAUCAUAUUUUAACAAACGAAGUGUCUUUUUUACUCUCAGCAGUAGUUGCGUAUAAUUUGGUACAAAGGCAUACAUUAAUGAUUUUAAAAAACUUAGAAGAUAUCGAGAUUUUUUAUAAAAAUCAAAAUCCUGUAGAUAUCAAAAAGUUGAUCAAAACUAGCUACUGCGUAUUAAAAAAUACAAGCGAGAAGUUCCAUCCUAGACAAUAUUUAAAUAAAUUUCGUCCUUUAAAUAAGGGUAAUUAUACCUUGUUUUUUGAAUACCCAAAAAAGUUAAUUGACAUUAAGGAAGAACAGACGAAUAAAUUGGAUAACUAUAUGAUCAAUUUGCUAGCAAAUGAGUGCAAUUUAACGAAAAUUAAAGAAAAAUCUGCUCUUGAAGGUGUUACGCUAGAAAUUCAGGAAGAAGAGAAACGGAGACUGAGAGAAGUGGAAAAACUGUGUUUGAAUCAGAUAACAGCUAGGCGAGAUUUAGUGAUAAAAGAAGAAAAACGAUUAAAAAGAAUGCAGGAAAACGUUAAUAAAAAUUACAUGGAUGAACAAGUUCUAAAAGAUGACAUAUUAGCAAACAGUAUUAGUUUGUAUCAAACUGGAUCUAAAGGAGAUAGUAAUGAAAAUCGGAAAGGGGGUUAUGAAGAAAAAUUACAUAUGGCGAUGAAUUGUGAUCUUUUGAGUAGAUUUAUAAGGAAAUUAGCAGUUGAAUUGAAGUCUAAUGGAGAAGAAUGUAAUGUAACUAGUCACAGUAGCGAUAAUAUUGAGAGUCAAGAUAAAUCAAUGAACAUCGAUUUGUUGAAUAAGUUUAUAAAAAAACUAAAUAUUGAAAUAAAGGAGAAUAGUGAUAAAUGUCAGUGUGUCGAAAAAACGAAAAGUACAGCUAAUAAGAUAACUAACUUAUCGGAAGAAGAAAAACGUAAACGGUCCAGACAAUUAUUGAACUUAUCAGAUGUGGUGAAAAGAACUCAAAGUUCUUCGUCGUCUUUUAAAGAGUGCAAACAUCGUUCAUCUGAGGAAUGCGGAUGCGAAAUUCUUUGUCCAAAAAUGGUUAGAUUUACUUCGAGUACAACAGGAGGCAGUGUUUGUUCGAGUUAAGAAUUU